CCAAUGGAAACUCAACCAAUAUUAUUAGAAACCAAUAAUUUAUCCUAUUAAAAAUUAAUCAAAAUAUAAGCCUAUAUACGUGGUCAUUAAUAAAGAAAAUACAUUGAAGAAGUAAAAAAAAAAGAACAAUUAGACGCACCUCAUACUCAAAUAGCAAUUGUAUAUAAUGGAGUAAUUAAAAGUAAUAAAUAUUAAGUAUAAAAAAUUCUAUAAGAAAUCCCAAAAUUUAAUUGGCCAUAAAGACCUGAAUUUAAGGAAUUAACAAAACUAGGUCCCUAUAAAAUUUUAAAAACAGGUUCUAUAUAUAAAGGUUAGUGGAAAAAUGGGAAAAGAAACGGUAGAGGUAUUUAAUGUUGGCCAGAUGGAUCUAUUUAUUAAGGAGAUUGGGAAAAUGACAUGGCUAAUGGAAACGGAAGAUUAAUUCAUUCUGAUGGGGAUUAUUAUUAAGGUUAAUGGCUUAAUGAUAGGGCUAGUGGAAAAGGUUUUUUGUUUAUUCUGUAUUUAUAGGUUUUUAUAUAUUUUUAAAAGGCGUUUUUAUUCACAUUGAUGGAUAAAAAUAUGAAGGAGAUUGGAAUAACGAUGAAUAACAUGGUUAUGGAAUUGAAACUUAAGACCUUUUUGUAUAUGAGGGUUAUUUUUAAAAUGGAUUAAAACAUGGGUAGGGUUAAUUGUACUGGAAAGAAGAUGGAAGUAUUUAUAAAGGCGAAUUUUUUAACGGUUUAAUUUAGGGAUAAGGGAAAAAAAAUUAUAAAGAAGGAAAACAAUAUUAAGGAUAAUGGAAAAAUUGUAAAAUGCAUGGAUAUGGAGAAAUAAUUUAUGCAAAUGGAAAGUCUUAUAAAGGAUAUUUUGAAAAUGAUUAAAAAAGUGGAUAUGGAGAAAUGAUUUAUCCUGAUAAAAAGAUAUAUAAAGGUUAUUGGAAAAAUAAUAAAUAUGAUGGUGAAGGGUAAGUUAUUUUGCCAGAUGGAAGAAUAGGGAAAGCUAUAUGGUAAAAUGACUCUUUAUAUUUAAAUGGAUAUAUUAUUACAUAAGUUAUUACACCUCUAAUAUGUUUGUUUUUUGUUUAUUUAAUAAAAAAACUUGCCGAAAGCUAAUUUGGAAGUACUUUUACUUUUGAUUAUCCUUUCUUAUUUAAUAUUCCUAGUUUAUAUUAAAUGUACCCUUAUAUGAAAAAUAUAACAUGUCUAGAAUGGUAUGAAUAUGCAUUCGAUACAAAUUCAACUUAACAAACCAAAGAUUUUAUAGGAUAUAAUAGCGGGCAAAAAAAUGAAAUUCCAAAAGGAAUGCUUGCUAAUAUCUAGUAAUCAAAAAAUGACUGCUAGUUCUAACCCUCUAAAGAAACUCCAAGUUAGAAUCGUUCAGUACCUUUUUUUACUUAGCCCAUUAAUUAAACUAUUAAUGAAGAUAUUUAUAAUUCUUUGUUUUAUUUAAAUAAUGUUCCUUAUAAAAGAGGAUCAGAUCUUGAAAGUCUUGAUAUAUUACCUGAUGGCGCAAUAUAAUUUUCCGAAGCUUCGAAAGAUAAACUUAAAUAUAAAAUACAAAUUAACGAUUUGCGUAUACCUGAAUACCAUCGAAACAAUGGUGUUACUAAACUAACAAAAAGAGGAAAAAUUAUUAGAAAUGAUGAAAAUGAACAUAGUAUCAUUUUUCGGAUGGGGAUUAAGUUAGAUUGGAAUUUCAUUUUUUUUUAAGUCUUUUUAUCAAAAGCGCGUUCUGCAACUAUUAUAGGUUACUUACUAUCUAUAUGGACUAGUUUAAUAUCUGUUACAAUAAACGCUGCAGUUUAUCCAGAUCCUUACGAAUUACCUUAUUUAAUGAGAUUAUAUCCUCCUUUAGGGUUUUCUCGAUUAAUGUAUAAUUUUUCUUUCGCUUGCUCUAAUGGUUAGUGUUUUAGGCAUUUCGAGAGUUUAACUGAAGAAAUAAAAGAUUGUAUUUUCUAUUUAUAUAUCGGUUUUUUUUUCUUUACUUUCGCAGGGAUUUAUUUACAUGAAGUUUUUCCACAAGAAUUCGGGAUAACUUAACAUUGGCUUUUUUGCUUAAAAAAAUUUAAGAGGAAAAGAAACCAAAUUUUAGAAUAAAAAGAAAGCAAUUAAAAUAUCUUGGAAGUGGAAUUAUAAGAAGACUAAGAUUCGAAAAAAGAGAGAAUGUUUGUACAAAGCAUUCAUUUUGAAGAUUUAAAAAAAUACCCUUUAGUAAUAAAAGACUUGAGAAAAGUAUAUAAGCCAGUAGGUGGUAGACCAGAGCAUGUGGCAGUCAAAAAUCUUUCUUUUUGUAUCAAAUAAGGGGAAAUUUUUGGACUUUUGGGACCUAAUGGGGCCGGAAAAACUACUCUUAUAUCCAUGAUUACAGGUAUUUAUCCACCUUCGAAGGGUAAUGCUUGGGUUGCAGGGUACGAUAUUAUUAAUAAUAUGGAAUAUGUGCAUUUAAAUAUUGGAGUUUGUCCUUAAUUUGAUCUUUUGUGGCCUGAUUUAACUGUUGAGGAACAUUUGUUAUUUUAUGCAAGAUUAAAAGGAAUCAAACCGUCUCAGGAAAAAGAAAAAGUACAGAAAGCAAUGAAAGAAGUGCUUUUAAGUGAAAGAGCAAACUUUAAAAUUAGCGAACUUUCUGGAGGUAUGAAAAGAAGACUUUCAGUUUCGAUUUCUUUAGUAGGAGAUCCGAAAAUCAUUUUCUUAGAUGAACCUUCAACUGGUUUAGAUCCAGAAAAUAGAAGAUAAUUAUGGGAAAUAUUGGCUUAAUGCAAAGGGAAAAGAGCGAUGGUUUUAACAACUCAUUCUAUGGAGGAAGCAGAUAUUCUGUGUAAUAGAAUCGGAAUAAUUACAAAUGGAAGUUUAAGAUGUAUAGGAUAAUCAGUUAGUUUGAAAAAUCUGUAUGGCGGAGGGUAUCAUUUAUAUAUUAAUUGUCAUAAGGAAAAAUAUUUGGAGAAUUAUUUAAAUGAUGAAGAGAAGAAGCAAAUUAAUUAAUAAAAAUUACUUGAAUUUAUUUAAGUUUUAUUACCAAGAUCUAAAAAAGUAUCAGAAUUUAAUACUAAUUUUGUUUUCUAAGUUCCUUAGGAUGGUCUUAAAAUUUCUUAAAUAUUUGAAGAAUUAUAAAAAAAAAAGGAAGAAUUAAGAAUAUCAGGCAUAUAUUUUUUUUUUUAUAUAUAUUUUUAAUAAUAUAAUUUAGAUUGGGGAAUUUCAUAGUCUAGUUUAGAAGAUGUUUUUAUGUAAAUUGUAGAAACUACAUAAUGA